UUAGUAUGUUAAAUCUCUUUUUAAGAAAUAAAAAGAUCUUGAAAGGGUCUUGGCAAGAUCUUAUCAAAAUCUUGCCAAAAUCUUGGGUUUACACAAGAUCUUACCAGAUCUUGCAAGAUCUGGCAAGAUCUGACAAGAUCUUACCAAGAUGCUCAACCUGGGCGUUAGCUAGAGAGAUCAUGGCCAGCUUUAAACUUUUUGAUUUUGAAUUGAGUGUACUGUGGAGCCCUAGGGAAUAUUCCUAUUACUGUAAUCUGGUCAACGGUGGUUGUCAUGUACCAAGAUAACAAUUGAUGUAAAAGAAUCUUGCAUGGUAGCAAUAUUUGCUAAUUGUAAUGGCAGGGCUUGCUUGUUGUUAACAACUGUUUAUGAAGGAAAAUUUGAAGAACUUUCAUAAUAUACAAUUAAAAGAUAUAAUAUACAAAUAACUUGUGUAGUGUUCUGAAAUCAAUAUAUUUUUGUUUUAUCAAUGAAAAAGCUGGAGAGAAGAUUCCAGGAGUUUAUGCUCGACCAAUAACAAGAGCACAGAAAGUAGAAAACCUUCAGUUGUGUAUGAGCUUUAUGGGCAACAGAGGAAUCAACUUACAAGGGAUUUAUGUAGGAGAUCUUAUUGAUGGAAAUGUAAACUCUGUUUUGUCGUUAUGUGGAAACCUAAGGAGAAGAUUUGAGGGAAGUCGAGCAGAUACUCCAGAACAAACAAGACCAGCAUCCUCAAGCUCAGUAAAAGAGAAUGAACAACUAAAGUUAUACAAGUUUACGAAUGGUCAUUUGGUAAAUGGACUGAAAGAGUUUGACAGUGAAGUUAAACCUCAUGGCCAUAGUUCAGGGUAUCAUUCAGAAGAACAUUCUCCUACCCGGAAUAGUGUUCCACAAGUUGGUUUAGAGAUGCCGGGAAUGAUGAUUGAUACAGACACUACAUUACGCACAGCAAGAACUGUACAUCCUACAGAUGUUAUCGUGUCGACGACAAAGCUCGAUAGAAAGGCGGUGUACCAGAGUGGAGCUGAGCACAGGAAACAUAUAACAUCUCCACCAAUCAGACAGGAUCAAGAAGAUUCAGAUCUGAUCUCACCUUCUGUUGAGGAUAGACUAAGGUCGCUGUUGUGCACUCCAAAUCCUGGGGGACAGAGCUUUGAAGAGGAUACUGAGGAUGAAUUCGUAAUUCCACCACGACGAACAUCUGAUAGCAGGGCGGAAGAUCGUUUUGAUGUGGAAGAAAGACUGAAGUCACUACUGGACGAUGCUGCUGAAGGCUUCGAUGAAGAUGAAGAUGAUGAUGAUGAUGAAGAACAGAGAAGGAUUGAAACAAUAAAAGAACUCGAUGCUAUUGGUUACAUGCCCAGCCACCCGUCAGAUAAAAUGCGAAACAUACCUUCGAAAAACGAAAGAAAAGACAGUUUUACCGGCAGAACCAAACCGCGACAUACAAAGCUCUCAACUCCACCCGCACUCAGAAGGGUGCAAAAUGCACGCCUAAACCAAUCAUCUCAGGACAGAAAUACAGACAGACAACGAAAAAUGUCUGUCACAAAAGGACCUGGAAUGUCUAUGAACAGAUCCACCAUAUUCUCAACAGAAGUACUAAAACCAGCACAACCGAACUAUCACUCGCAAAAUAGCAGAAGACCCCAAAGUUUCUACUCAGAGAGAGACAAUAGAGGUGAAAGAACCCCUCCCCCCAGAGAAAGAUCUUCGUCACAUUCUGAAUUCCUACAACAAGUUGCUAGUAGGCUUGAAAACGAAAUGGGUUACCGGGAUACGACUACGACCUCAUCAGGGUCUAUAUCACCUGCAGAAACACCUAUGUUACCAGAACUAUCACCAGGCUCGUCUAUAGCAUCACUAGUGAUAAACAGCUCGUCUGAUUCUUCUGGCAUGAUAACGCCGGUUAGAAACUAUUAUAACAAACUCAAAGGGGGUCGCAAGUCUCCUCGACACAGUGGCACAUCGACCCCAAAGAAAAGGGGAAGAGGAAAGGCAGGAUCUAGUCAUCUGUCUGGUCAUGGAAAGGCUAGAAGUACUAAUGACUUAGAAUCAAUAAGAACACAGAUCCAGUCACUGGAAUCCAUGUACAACGAUGUGCUUUUACUGUUGGAUGACGGUAUUCAUGAUUCUAACAAGAAACUCAACGCGAAAGACAAGAGUGCUGGGAAUCAGAAAACUGAUGAUUUGAGAGCUGGCAUCGUUGCCUUCAGCAAACAACGAUCAAAGGACAUCAAGGCUGUUAACAAGAGGUUUGGUCGACUAGAAUCCCAUGUUGUAACAUUAGCUAGAAGCGUAGCUCAUUUAUCAUCUGAGCUGCGAUCCCAGGCAGCAUUAAGUGAAGAUCUUGAGAUAAUGGGUAAAGAAAUCAAUAGGUUGAAAACCUGGCAGGAAGAAAACCAGACAAAGAUAAUUGGUGGAGUCGGACAAUCUGCACAGUAUGCUGUCAAUUUGAAGAGAGUCAAUAAGUUAAGAAAGAUAUUUGGCGAAGAACCCCCUCUACUGGUUAUUUUCUUGAAGAAGCUCGGAUACGAGAGAUUUGCGCCUAAUUUUGGAGCAGAACAGAUAGGAAUUCUAGAGCUGCCAUACCUCAGUGAAGAAAGACUACAGAGCCUGGGGAUACCUCUUGGGCCUCGUUUAAGAAUAAUGGAAGAAGCUAAUAAAUUAUUAGCGUAAAUUAUCAAAAGAUCUGAAGGGACUGAAGGAAGUAUAAAGAGAUAACCAAGAGAAGAUAUCAGAGAAUUAUUACUACGGCCAAUCUUGCCGCGUGGUGACCAUGAAAAAGUCAUGGUUUUUGGAAAUCAGUCCUUAUAUUAUACAGCUAGAGUGCAUUCAGUCAAACUGUUGAAUAGUUUACGUCACCUAAAUUAGAUAAGUAAGUUACUAUUUUAGCUGACGUCACAUAAAUUUGAAAUUGCUAGUAAACAGCUACUGAGGUCAGGGGGAGAAACGAUGAUACAAAUGAAUGUCUAUUCACUCAUUCUCUGGUAAAACAACACCCCGAAUUAGCAUGAUCGGUAUUUGGCGCUCUUUUACUAUUUUAGGUGACUAAAUAGUUAUCUAAGUUAGAUACAUUUAUCUAACUAAUCAACAGUUUGACUGAAUGCACUCUAUCAUAAAAGAGAGUUAAGUAAUAUAUCUAAUGUAUAAUAUCAUUAUUAUUUCUACUAUAAAUAGUAAUAAGUAAAGUUAAUAAUAAUAAUAAAUAAUAAUAAUUAUUAUUAUUAUAAGUUAGGCUUUGAUACAACUCAUAAAUCACGUGACCUCAUACUAUAUGGAAUCAAUCGACUAUUUCAUCUACAUUACUAAAGUAUGUAACAUUGACCUUCAAAUUGGUGCCUCUAAAAUAUUUGUUUCAUCCAUAAUGGAGGUUUUGCACCAUCACGUGCCGGCGCCAUGAUCCAGCUUGGGCUGCCUGUGGUGAGAUGGCAGAACAAUAAAAUCCCUUUGCUCUCGGGAAUUGAAUUCAUUUUCAUGUAAAACGAUUGUAUUGUUCCUGGCUGUCGUCACGUGAUAACGUAAAAGCUCUAUAGAAGACACUAAAGACAUUUGUCAUCCAAUAUGGAGGAUUGUCAUCCAUCUUAUUUUCAUUGAAAUAGUCACGUGUCUAGUUAGCCUAUACCGGGCCCGUAUGUGCAAAGGGUUGAUAGCGCUAUCCAACGGAUAAAUCCUUAUUCAGUGGAUAAGUCGAUGCUGUUAUCCAAUAAAUUUAUCCACUGGAUAAGAUUUAUUCGUCGGAUAGCGCCCAUCCACCCGUAGAACUGAGCCCUGAAUGUAAUCGGCGCGAUCCG